AUGGAAAUAAUACAAAAGGAAACUUUUAAUCAAUGGAAAGAGACAAAAUUUGAAAGAAAUUUAUGUAUUUCACAUGCAUCUAUAAAAUCAAAUGAAUUUUCUAUGAAUACUUAUGCACAAAAAAAUAGUGAUAUAUCAGAUAAAUAUGUAGAUAAUGUAUUUGCGCUUACUUUGCAUAAGGAUGGAAUAUUAAAAUCUUUAAGUAUAAUAAAGAAAAGGACUAAUGAUAAUAAUAAUAAAAUUACGGCAAUUUUUCGAUCUGAAUAUAUUUUAUCUGAUAUUCUAGAUUCUUGUGAUACUUCCUCUGAUAAUGAAAUAAUGAAGACUAAAAAGACUUCAUAUGAUUUUAAUUUAUCCAAAAUUGAGAUAUUUUUACAUAAAAUUAAUUUGAAAAAAAAAUUAAAUAAAAAAUCAUACAUAAGCUGUUUUAUAUCAAUUAUUAUUUUAUUUCUUAAGUCUGUAAAUACAGCUGAAGAAUUUCAGGAAUGUAAACAAAAAUUUUAUUCUUUAUGUAGUAAUUUUACUAGAGACUGUAUAUAUCCAUUUAGAGAUUCAGAUAAUCUUUGUAGGAUUAUACGUUAUUACUGUUAUCAGUAUAAUGUGGAUUUCUCAAAAUUUUCUCUAUAUUCAUUAAUCCUUCUAGCUGUUUUGAUAACAUUUAUACUUGUUUAUUUUCAUUAUCCUAAUAAUGUAUUGCAUAGAAGUCAUACAUUGAAUAGACAUCAAAGAAGGGUUGUAUUGGAAGAAAUAGAAUUAGAAGAAAUAUCGGGUAAAGAAUCAAAGUUAUAUGGAGCAUCACGUGAAGAAUUAGAAUUAUAUGGAGCAUCACAUAAAGAAUCAGAAUUAUGUGGAGCAUCGCAUGAAGAAUCAAAAUUAUAUGGAACAUCAUAUGAAGAAUCAAAAUUAUAUGGAGCAUCACGUAAAGAAUUAGAAUUAUGUGGAGCAUCACGUGAAGAAUUAGAAUUAUGUGGAGCAUCACAUAAAGAAUCAGAAUUAUGUGGAGCAUCGCAUGAAGAAUCAAAAUUAUAUGGAACAUCAUAUGAAGAAUCAAAAUUAUAUGGAGCAUCACGUGAAGAAUUAGAAUUAUGUGUAGCAUCACAUAAAGAAUCAGAAUUAUGUGGGACAUCACGUAAAGAAUCAGAAUUAUGUGGAGCAUCGCAUGAAGAAUCAAAAUUAUAUGGAACAUCAUAUGAAGAAUCAAAAUUAUAUGGAACAUCAUAUGAAGAAUCAAAAUUAUAUGGAGCAUCACGUGAAGAAUUAGAAUUAUGUGGAGCAUCACAUAAAGAAUCAGAAUUAUGUGGGGCAUCAUAUAAAGAAUCAGAAUUAUGUGGAGCAUCAUAUAAAGAAUCAGAAUUAUGUGGGGCAUCACGUAAAGAAUCAGAAUUAUGUAGGGAAUCAUGUGAAGAAUCAUAUUUAUUUGAGGAUUCGCAUGUAGAAUCACAAUUAUUUUCGAAAUCAUAUAAUGUAUUAAGAUUUUAUAUGAAAUCUCGUAAAGAAUUAGAGUUAUAUAAUGAAAGUUUUGGAUCUAAAGAUAAUUUGCUUCUUUGA